AUGACUUCAAUUCCAACUGACACGGCAUUGCAUACCACAUGCAUUGCUGGUGACUUUGUGCACCAGCUUUUUGCUUGCCAUGUCGGUGGCCAGCAAAAGUCGGUCUUGCCUCCGCUAGCACUGGAUGUGCCGACCAUGCUUGCAUUUCAACUCAAUCUUGAUAUGAUUCGGUACAACAAGGCCCUCAACAAACGCUCUACCGGGCGGCUCACAAAACAUGAAGAGGCGCUCCUCCAAAAUUUCCUCAUGCCCUCGGUUCUUGUGGAUUCCGGCGGCCGUAUCAUCUUAUGGUACCUUCCAGAUGCCAUUAGCCUGUGGAUUCAAGCCGAGAUGGAAGACGCCACCGUCAGCAUGGGUCAUCUCCUGAAGACAAGCAUGACCGGUGGAGAAGAGACCCAGUGGCGAACAUUCCCUGGGUAUUUCCAUCAUAGCAACCAGGGGGCCAUUAACUCCAGGAUGCAUCAACAUAGCUCCUUGUUGCCGUAUGGGUUUCCGCCAACCGGUGUAUUCGCUUCUGAGGUGUCAGCUACACUCAAGGGGGAAGGUGGCCCUACCAUCAUAACAUCCAUGCAGCGCUCAGCACUCCUUGCCUCGGCGGCUCUUCAAGUGAUGCAUCCAGAGUUGUAUUGGGCCUCAGUUACCACUCAGAUAAAACUUGCUGGAUGGGCCAUGGACAAUGGCCUUGAUGACAUAUAUACUCAUUUGCAACUUUGGGCCUCGUUGCAAUAUAACUCAGGCACCAUUGUUGCUUGCUCUGGACACAUUGUCAGGCAUGGUGUCACAUUCACCAGUGAUCACGUGGUAUGGACAUGGUUCAUGCACGAUAGUCUUCACAAUUUUGUCGGGACACCUUGGCCACAGUAUGCGAAAUACAUGGAUGUAGAUCGUGAUGUCUCGGUUUCAGCCUAG